AUGCAACGACCGGAACGAGUGCAAUCGGAUACUCCCUGGGCAACCAGUGGCUUAGGCGCGGGCGCACCCAUCAGUUUCGAUUCUGUUACGGACAACCCAAGGGCGUCCUUCACAGAUGCUGAUGCGCAUAUAUCAAAAGCCAGCUUCUUUGCCCGGGUGUGCGUGGAGCUGCGUAUGAACACCUGUACGGCUGUGCGCCGCAAGGUGUUCUGCACGCGUCUGACAUUGCAGCUGGUUGUGCUGUGGACGCCUGCUUGUCGAGUACUAAUCAAGUGCGACUUUGGACGAUUGUCAAGCCGCUUUGCCGAAUACUGUUUCCAAGCACUGCGUUGUGCCGACAAGACGUCAUGUGUUUUUGGCUUCAAACGCGCGGAGGAGCUGAUUCGGAUCUUCAUUUCCCAACUACAGAACGAGAUUGACACCGACUGGUCGGUUCCACCCUCCAAGCGUGGAGUGCCACGUGGAAAGGCCAAGACAUUCUUCCCCGAGGCCGAGGGAGCUGAGGCGAUCGGGGCCAUCAUGGACUACUACCCUGACGAUAAAGGCAUCCAAUUGGCAAUCGACAAGGGCCUCGCCAAGGUGCAGCAGCUCUUGACGAUGGACAUUGGGCCCAUCACCUGUGGCAUUCCGCGCCCUGGCAGCAUAUGGCACUAUGUUACCAUCCCUGUCCGCAGCGUGCCGUAUGGCGCCCAUCGGAUGCGGCUACUGUCCACAGUCUCCUUGGCUGCGGGGCCGACUGGCUUAUCCACCCUGCCUGAGAGCGAGUUAGAGGUCGGUGGCAUUGAGUACGGCAGCGAGGAGGUGGAUGAGUGGACCGACGAGCGGGCCGAGGUUCAAGACACAGGUGCCGCCGACAGUGCAACGGAUGAUGACCUGGCCAUCGGACGGGGCAUGAUUGCUGCCAUACCGCAUGAUGAUGGUGGUGAAGACGCUGAGGAGCACGAUGAGCCAGGUGGCACCUUGACCAAGGGCAAGAAGCGCAGUGUUGGCCGUGGCAAGAUGACCCGUCUCCUGGCCGCCCUUUUGGAGUUUUGCCGACUGGUCAAUGCAUUCAUUUCCCGGCAGCCACGGGACCCUGUCAAUGGUCGUUUCUGGUCCACAUCCGAGGAGUUCAGAGAGGCGCUGAGCAUGCUCACUAGCGCCGACCAGGACCACCUAUCAGAUGGUGACUGCGUUGCAGUUGUGGAGGCCGAGCAGGGCAGGGCCGUGGUGCGGGUGGGAUUUGUAGAGCGGCUACUGGCACCACAACAAAGGCAUACCAAGGCCAAGCAGGCGCUCCGGCGUAUCCGCCAGUUGGACAUCAACGACAUCAGUGGCCGCUUGCGCCUGCGGCUGCUUUCACCCGCAGGCAAAGACGAAAAUGGGCGGCUGCAAUACCUUAUGCCCCACGCCUUGGCGUGUUGUGCUAACGCGUUGUGGGAGGCCAGAAGCAUCGUGCAGUUGGUGAACAUGAUGCCUGGACGAGACGACCCUGCGGGUGGACACUACAUCAUGCACGAGGAUGAUGAAAAGGCACUGCGGGGGUACUGUGCGGCGCACACAUUGGUUUUGGACGAGAAGGGCGUCAGUCGGGGACGAGGAGGGGCAGCAGCGGCUACAGCGAUCGUGGCGGGCACGGUGCAGGCCAAGGGGACCGACAUGGCGUUCUCGGCACCUAAACCAGCACAGCCCCGCCAGCGCAAGCUUGAGAUGCGGGUCAACCCUGAGGCCCGCCGUGAUGUGGCUGCUGCACUAGGGCAGCAAACCAAGUCAGGCAGGAAAGUGCAACUCACAAAGAGGGCGCUAGGAGAGGAUUAAGGCCGGAUCGGUUGUGCAACUCACAAAGAGGGCGCUAGGAGGGAUUAAAGCCGGAUCGGUUUCGGUUUCGUCAAGUUGUAAAUCGGGAAAGGGGUUUUGGUGGGUAGUGACGGGUGCGUGUGGAAUUUUGACUGUCAGUACGUGACUGGGCGAUGUUAAUAGCAAUCGUUUCGUUGUCUAUCAUACCGCUCGCAUACUUCGUUGUGAUGGUUCACGUGUAUGGUUAAGACCUUUGUUAAGUAUGUGAUCCAGUGUGAUGUGCGUGCGUGUAUUCAUCUAAACGUGCAAGGAAGGGUCCGCUUAAACGUGCCGUAAUCCUCUGGAACCUGUACUGCACCCCUCUGCAUGUGGCUGAAUUGUACAUAUCUGGGCUUCAGUGAACUGCGUGGCUUUAAACACACUCCCUUAUUACGUGCAUAUCUUCUGGGUGUGUGGACCAGUGUGGAUAGUGCGGAUGCACCCUUGGUUUUAUCAGGUUACAAGUUCCGCACGAGUGUGGCGGUGUGGCGGUGUCCAUGAAAGCUGGAUCGGCCAUGGACGGUAAAUAAUCAUUAGUGCGGUUACAUGGUGGACCAUCCAUCUCAGAGCAACGUGCCGGGUUUCCCACAUUUUCGAGGGGAACCUGGUUAGUGCCAGGAGUGGUGCCUCGGUCAUAAUCGUGUGCAUGUCGCACCCUUGAAACACGAGAUCACGUUCAUAUUUAGCCGCUGUUCUUGUGUAAGCCAGGCAUUCC